AUCGUCGCCUCCGACGCGUUGCUGCGAUCGGCAAUAAUCAGUGGUGACGAACCGAUGGUGUUGGAGAUGCUACAUCCUGAGUUGGUGCCGCAUUGCCUUGGCUGGAGCCGAACAGGCCCUGCAAACCUGGAGCGAAGAUAUCCCGAUGAUCAUGAAAACGGCUUCGAUGGCCAAGCAUUGGACUACAUUUGCCAAGGGCUCCUGUUGCGGCACGGCCUGCGCCCUACACCACGGCUGCGACGGCGCGCUGCAGCUUCGGCCAGGCGCCGGGCAGUUCUACUGCGCCGGCUCCUCGGCGACAGCAUCCACGGGUGCGCACUGCGACGGCAGUUGGAAGAGACCUUUCAUCUAAUCUUGCCGCCGGAGCCCGGCGACCCACUCGACAUGAUCAGUUUGAUGGCGCCCACCGCCUUCCAUCGGUGCGCCGCGCUGGGUGGUGCAGAGGUCUUGCAGACCUUGACCGCUCUCGCCUGGAGGCCUUGGCUGGUGCUCCGGGGUUGUGACGCCCCGGAGCAGGAUGAUGACUUUCUGGACUCCAUGCCUGCCGAGCCACUGUUGAGGUGCCAGCAGCGUUGCUUACAGGACGGCUACGGCGGCUUCGUGGUCCGAGGGUCCCAGGCCUAUUUUCGGAGACGACCAGCAAGCGGCUUGCUUCACAGCUGCAUCGCAAAACCUGGCGACGUGCUGCACAUUGCGCCGGGGCCCACAUGUGGGCUUCCGCGACAAUCUUUGGCAGCUUUACUCCUGGGUCAAACAGAUGGACACCGAGCGGCCAUGGAUCUUGCACUGGAAAGUGGUGACGAGCAGGCCAUAGUCGAAUUGGGAAAGCUGGGCUGCAAGUCAAUGAUGGAUAGGACGGCAGAUGCUGCAAUCUUGGAUCGCAUUCUCUACGGCGGCAUGCCGCAGUGGCUGGCACGCGCUGUCGGGAAUUUGGCUUAUGCAGGCAAGCUCGCGGAUGACUGUGGCACCGCGUUGCAAGAUGCCCAGCAGAUUCGGGGCCGAGUCCUUGAAGACGUCGAGCAGGUGCAGCAAGCAACCGGGACGUCUACUGCCGUGGCAGAAGCGCUGCUGCGACACUUUGGACAUAGUCCCGAAGCCGCCAUUUCGCAAUUUCAG